ACCAGUUUCCGAUCCCCACAGACAGACCACCAGCAGCAGCCAUGAGCAAGAGCUACACCUCCUCCGCCUCCGCCCAGAGCGCCUCCUCCUACCGCAGGACCUUCGGUUCCGGUUUCGGUUCCGGCAUGGGUUCCGGCAUGGGUUCCUCCAUGUUCUCCUCCGGCGGCGCCUCCGGGCGCGGUUCCUCCAUGUCCUCCCGGGUCUACGAGGUGAGCCGCAGCUCCACCAUGGCGCCCAUGUACUCCGGCCGCUCGUCCAUGGCGUCCUCCGGCUACGGCGGCGGCGCCAUGCGCUCGUACGUGGGCGGCGGCGAGAAGCUGGACUUCAACCUGGCCGACGCCAUGAACAAGGACUUCCUGGACACGCGCACCAACGAGAAGGCCGAGCUGCAGCACCUGAACGACCGCUUCGUCAACUACAUCGAGAAGGUGCGCUUCCUGGAGACGCAGAACCAGACGCUGAUGGUGGAGAUCGAGAAGCUGCGCGGCCGCGAGCCCACGCGCAUCGCCGAGAUGUACGAGGAGGAGAUGCGCGAGCUGCGCCGCCAGGUGGACGCCCUGACCAAUCAGAGGGCCCGCGUGGAGGUGGAGAGGGACAACAUGGCCGACGACCUGCAGAAGCUCAAACUCAGACUCCAGGAGGAGAUUCACCAGAAGGAGGAAGCUGAGAAUAACCUCUCUGCCUUCAGAGCUGAUGUGGACGCCGCCACCCUGUCCAGGCUGGACCUGGAGAGACGCAUCGAGGGACUCCAGGAGGAGAUCGCCUUCCUGAAGAAGAUCCACGAGGAGGAGAUCCGUGAGCUGCAGUCCCAGAUGCAGGAGACAUCAGUGCAGGUGCAGAUGGACAUGUCCAAACCCGACCUGACCGCCGCCCUCCGAGACAUCCGCGCCCAGUACGAGGCCAUCGCCGCCAACAACAUCUCCGAGGCCGAGGAAUGGUACAAGUCCAAGGUGACUGACCUGAACCAGGCCGUGAGCAAGAACAACGACGCUCUGAGAACAGCCAAGCAGGAGUCCAUGGAGUACCGCCACCAGAUCCAGUCCUACACCUGCGAAAUCGACUCUCUCAAGGGAACCAAUGAGUCUCUGAUGAGGCAGAUGCGUGACAUGGAGGAGCGCAUGGGCCGCGAGUCCUCAGGCUACCAGGACACCAUCUCCCGCCUGGAGGGCGACAUCGCCAAGAUGAAGGACGACAUGGCCCGCCACCUGCGCGAGUACCAGGACCUGCUCAACAUCAAGAUGGCCCUGGACGUGGAGAUCGCCACCUACAGGAAGCUCCUGGAAGGAGAGGAGAGCAGGAUCACUCUUCCAGCACAGUCAUUCGCCGCUAUGGGCUUCAGAGAGACCAGCCCGGAGCAGCUGCAGCAGUCGAAGCAGCAUGGCCGCUCGUCUGAGGUCCACUCCAAGAAGACCGUUCUGAUCAAGACCAUCGAGACACGCGACGGCGAGAUCAGAACCUCUAGGGAGGGUGUGAGCGUGAACGCAGAGUGUGUCGUGAGUGAGUCCACACAGCACCAACAGGAUGUGAUGUAAGAGGCAGCGCGAGGACUCUUCACGUUAAUUAAAGCCGCCAGAACAAACCCAAUGAGAUAAUGGACCGUUCCAUUGACACAGAGAGGCCUUCAGUUUUAUUGAACGUAAAAAAAAGGAGAACUAUUGUUUUUUUUUGUAAAGCACACAUGCUCUCUGAUAGGCUUGACCACCCCCUCUCCCUCCACCGCUUUUCAAAACACACACGAGUGAAACGGAGAGAGUGAGCGAGCGAGCGUGAAAGUGAAGAAAAGAUGGACUGAUGAAUGAGAAGAAAGGCAAAAACCUGUGCAUGCAUCACUGGAGGGAAACAGUUGAAUGUGAGGUGUUCAAUCUCCAAGGUGUUUUAGUGUGUGUGUGGAUGUGUGUGUGUGUGUGUGUGUGUGUGUGUGUGGUCACUUGAGAUGGGGGAGAAUCCAGGGGAGACAUUGGGUCAAGGUCUGUCUGAAUGUGUAGCACUUUCUGUCACGAUAACUUAACAGAAUAAAUCUUUCAGUGUUCAUCACCGAA